AUGUCGCCGCAUGGAGAAUGUUUUGGGGAAUAUCGAACGGGAUUCAUGCGCACAUCGGGUUUACUUGAUCAAAAACCGAGAAUAGCUGCAAAGCAACCCCUUCCUCGCUGCCUCGAUUCAUGUCGGAUAAACGUUUCGCCGCUAUCUAGAGAUCAUUUUCCGUGUCAGAGUUUCAACGUGAUCCCCGGUCGAAUCCCAAUGUGUGAAUUCUUUCAUGUCGAUAAAAACGAGCGUUCCUCCGAAGAAAGGCAUUGGAAAGAGAUUGAUUUUGGGUAUUUCUAUGAGAAAACUUGUUUCAAAAUCCCAAAAGAAUGCGAGCAUCAGGCGUUCAUUUUUGAUUUAAGACGUGACUUUCGACUAAAAACUGUAAAGAAAAUUCUUCCCGAUGUUUCGACAGAAUCGGAAUGUGAAGAGAAAUGUUUGGAGAAUUUCUGUAAAGCCGGCGAAUUCGAUCACAAUACAAGAAGUUGUGCUUUGUACGAAGUGACAAGACGCGAGAAUGAAGGAGAAACGGCAAAAGGAGUCAACUAUUUCGAGAGCGCGUGCAAUCCAGACAAAUCUCGUUGCCCGGGUGGUCGAGUGGAUUUCGUGAUGGCGCGUCAUUCUGAUGUCGCUUCUUUUGGGGUUCAAUCUGGUUCUCGGUCGAUUCGUGAUUGUAUGCGUGAAUGUGUCUCAUCGGAUUUCCUCUUUUGUCGCUCACUUCAAUACGAUCCAAAGACGAAUGAAUGUUUCAUUUCAGAAGAUGCCUCCGAAGUCGCCGUUCCGUCAUCCGAUCUUGAUCUUUUUGAGCCGAUCUGUUUACCCCAACAAUCCCCUAUCGAUCAACAUUCGUGCAAUCGACCGUACGCCUUCGAGAAGCUUCUCACGACGAAACUUCUUUACACGAAAGAGAUUCAAACGCUUUACACCAAUGAUGAAAACUUUGAUUACUACGAGGUGGCCUGUGAGGGGAUUGAGAGGACAAGUGAGGGGACGGUGUUGAUUGGACCGGAGAAGACAUUAGUCCCACAACACCGUCAGAUUCAACACGUUCACAUCGCGACCUGGGACGAAUGCAAACAAGCUUGUCAACGGGCAGUCUUCGGUUGUCGAGUUUUCUCAUUCUCAGCCACUCUAUCCGAGUGUCAUCUCUCAGCUGAUCUCAUCGAAAGAUCCGAUGAUCAACGAAUGGAAAUCAACGUCGAUUUUGAUGUGUUUAUUUUGGAAAUCAAAGAGAAAACAGAUCCAAGAGACGACGCCGAUUUCUCCACGCCUCCAAUUGUCCCGAAAUUUCAUCAUCCAACACUCAUCCAAUCUCGAAAUCGCCAACAAGCUGAAACGAUUCAAGAAAACUUCUCCGCAAUUCCACCGCAAGUCUUUCGCCGAACCACAAAACAACCGGAAACCGUUGAGGAAGCUGAAAACGCCCUUGAUGAGGAGAUUUUUGCGUCAUCCGCCUCUCAAUCGGAACUCUUUCCAACAACAGAGGAAAUUGAAAAGGAUAACGAGCCAACUCUUCUAACGAUCGAUCCAUCAGUCUUUGAUGAAACUACAACAUCAGCAUUUCGGAAUGAGCGCUUCCAACCAAGGAACAAGGUGAAAAUCUUUGGAGGAAAUAAUUUCCCACAGAAAAGUCAUGAAAAUGAGAAUGAGAAUGAGAAUGAGAAUGCGAAUGAAGAAGAAAACGAAGAAAGUACGACAAAACAAAAACAAGUGAUAUUCAGUGAAAAGGAAGAAGCCGAAUUUCUACCCGACGAACAGCUGAAUUCAUCGUUUCUCGGUAAACCCCGCGAGAAAUCCCAACCACCACCAAGACGUUUACCUCAAGUGAAUGACCCGGAAACGCUUGAGAUGAUCGGCGAGUCGAUGCCAAGAGUGAUCCCGUUGACGGCAAAUGUAGGCCAUGUUCCUCCCGGAUCGCUUAAAUCGAGAGCCGAAUGUCACGAAAAUGGAGUGAAUAUCACGUUUGAAGUGACUGAUGCGGAAAGUGACUACACAGGAGCCGUCUAUGCAGCCGAGCGUUUCUCCCAGUGUCGGGUUUUCGUCAAAUCGGCGAAAAGGUUCUCGAUUUUUGUGCCCCGACCCGAGCACAACACUUGGUGUAACGCGUUGGAAGUGGAUGGUGUGCUAUCGGUGGUGAUCGUGAUGUCGAAUGAUCGAGUCCUUCCGCACGAUGUUACAACAAAAGAUGAUCUAUUCUAUCAAGUCACUUGCAACUAUUCAUCGCUUGAGGUGAACGAGGUGCAGAAAGGGCUUGUCGUUGGCGGCCCUUCUCCAAUCUCGAUUCGCUCUCGUCAAUCUCGUUCAUUUUCUCUUCAAAUCAUGCAAGGAAAUCAGCCAGUGGAGAGUGUUUUUAUUGGGGAAAAGUUGAGAGCAAGAGUGCGAAGCGAUACACCAGCGAGCCGUCUUCGCGUCACCGAGUGUACAGCAACUCGCGUUGGUGGACAAGCGGCACCAGCAACCGUGCAACUCAUCGCUGAUGGCUGUGCUUUAAUGCCCUCAAUUAUGGGUCCAAUGCGUUUGGAGGAGAGCGGAUGGGAGGCCACAUUGAACGCUUUUCGAAUUGAUGGCUCGGAACAGAUCGACAUCGUUUGCCUGGUUGUCGUUUGUCAGGAAACGAAAUGCCCGGAAGCAAAUUUAACCUGUCUCCCAGCGGCAACAAGACCGACAAGAUCUUUGCUUCAUUCAGCCAUCGGAGAAUCAAUUCAAGUGGAUAGUCGAUUAGAGGUACUAGGCGGUGAUCGUGAAGCGUUACACAGACCCUCACACGAAUAUUUUCCUGAGCUCUGUAUUCAUCCCUCUGUCUAUCUUUCUUUGCUCACAUUUGGCGCUUUCUGUAUGAUCUCUCUUGGCUUCUGUUUGUGUUUCAAGAACAGAAAACGAAAAUUUAUGAGAAGUUUUGUCGAUCGUGAAAGUGAUUUUAAUGAUCUUCCCCCGCCUAACAACCGAUAUCGUCGACAGCCAUCAAUG